AUCGUAAUCGUUUAUUUGCCUUUUGUGGUGCAUGUGUGAGAGUAUAAAGAAUAAAAUUUCUUCCUUCGGGAUUCUCCUCCCUUUUGCCCCCCACUUUCUACACAAAAAGAAUCAGGACAUGGAUCUGCAAACUAUAUCGCAGAACUUUGAGUCCUCAGCAAAUUAUAUCGUCAACCGCGUUCUAUCCACGAAUCGUCAAGACGUCAAGACGCUUGGUAAAGUCGUUGCAAUCACCUUGGCAGCAUACAUUAUUUCUUCGAAACUCUAUGACGCCUUUCUAGGCCCUCUCAGUGGCAUUCCUGGCCCUAUUCAGCUCAAGCUGUUCAGCUUACGUUUUUCACGAGAAAUUACAAAUCCACCAGGAAGAGCAUACGAGAAAUUCCAACGAUGGCAAAACCAAUACGGUGAUGUCGUCCGUCUUGGUCCCAAAUCCAUCCAAGUAGCAGAUAAACAUAUGGUUCGACAAGUUCUUUUUAAAGACGAUCUCCCAAAAGGCCCCGACUACGAACGAAUGUCACGUGAUGGUGGCCCUACUCUUUUAAGUGCAACGGAUAAGGUCUUUCAUAAGCAACGACGACGCGUUGUCUCACCAGCAUUCUCGGUCAAAUACCUUAAUUCCCUCGAGCCUUACAUGUUAAAUACAGCCGAUACAUUCAUCAGAAGCAUUGACAGGGAAAUUACAAAUUCUAAGCGCAGUGAUGGAUAUGGCCAAGUGGAUAUUUGGAUUUUGCUGCACUACCUCGCUCUUGACAUUAUCGGUGAAACUGCGUUUGGCCAGACGUUCCAUCUGCUCGAUGGUGAUGAUCACAUUGUACCCGCUACAAUCGCGCGUGAAUUGGAAACAGUCAGUUAUAUAAUGACCCAUCCAGUUAUGGGCUUGAUUAAGGCAUUACUCUCUUUCAGUGACCUUUCCAAAAACAAGCGAAGGCUAAAAGAGUUCAUGACAAAAAGCAUUAUGGAGCGACUCAAAGGCGGCGAAAAGGAUCGUCGAAACGACAUUCUUCAGAUAUUAAUCGACACUCAACACGCAAACGAAACCGAAGAUCGGUUGACAGCUGAAGCAAUCGCCCAAGAAACGAUUUUGUUUUUAGUUGCUGGAUCAGAAACCACGAGUAAUACUAUCGGGUUUGCUAUUAUCGAGCUUUUGAAGAAUCCACAUGCGCUGGCCACUUUGCGCAAAGAAGUUGACAGUAUCGAAUCAGAGGAUGGUCAAAAGCUAUUCACGAACGAUCAGUUGAAGCAACUUCCUUAUUUAAAUGCGAUUAUCAAUGAGACAAUGCGUAUCAAUCCUAUUGCUGUAGUUGGCCUUGAGCGAAUAACGGACCGUGACACAAUUCUCGCUGGACGGUUGUAUGUACCAAAAGGUACUCAAGUACGAUGUAACAUUUACAGCACACACUUGAACCCUAAAUACUGGCCCGAACCAACUAAGUUUAAGCCGGAACGAUGGUUGGACGAUAGCGAUAUUCCUGCUGACCAGGAAGCGUUCUAUCCUUUCAGUGCUGGAUCAAGAAAUUGUAUCGGCAAAGGAUUUGCACAGCAAGAAAUGCGUCUUACAAUUGCAAGUCUUGUCAGACUAUAUGAUUUCGAAGCCAUCCCGGCAGAAAUGAAGGCAUCUGAUGAAAGGACGUCCUUUGUUACAUUGUCUGUGCAGAGUAAUAGCUUUAAACUCUAUAUGAAGCGUAGAGGAACAGCAUAGCUCGCUUAGGUCAUCAUGUAUUUAUCAAUUAUUAUGGUUGAAUAUAACAAUAUCCUUUCUUUUAUUAUUGAGAAA